AUGGGUGACUCCGUGCCAAACUUCUUCGGUGGCCAAGGCGGCGGUGCCUCGGGCCUGAGCUUCGGCGGCGGCGCGUCGUUCGGCGCCGACGCCGGUCCGUUGUUUGAGAUGAAGUGUGGGAAACUCGUUCGCGAUGGGGCGAAAAUGCGCGCAGAUCCGCGUCGAGGGACGCUGAAAAUCGUGAAGAGCGAGGUCGAUGACACGUUGAAACAGAUUCAGUGGGGAGUACGAGAUCCAUCGACCGCGUUCGAGGCUGAGGAUGAUUUCAUCAUCUUGCCAGACGAGGCGGUGCUGAAGACGAUGAAGCGCGACGGAUGUUUCAUGUUGGCGUUCAUCGAGGAACGCGAUCGAGACAUGUACUUUUGGUCGCAAGAGAGCGAUGGAAAAGACGCCAUGGAGGCGAAAUUGCUGAAGUUUAAUCGCGCGGUGAACACGAACGUCGGCGAAGCGCUCGAAGAGAAUAUCGCCGCCUCGGAAGCGCAAACGGCGAUGGAGACUGGCGAUGCCCCGAAUGCGGUACCCUCGGAAACUCCUGCGGCAACGACGUUGAUGCCACCGCCGGCGAACGUGAUUCCUUCGCCCGUGGAUCCGACGCCCGCGCCGACGUCGUUUCCCGCGCAAACGCCGGCGGCGCCCGCCAAGGUGAGCGAAGGUAUGCGAACGCCCGCGAGCGCGGGGAACUUCACUCCGAUUGUGAGCAGCGAUGCUUUGAAGGGUGUGUUCGCUAGUCUCGGUGGGGCGACGCCGCAGACGCCUCCCGUUGGUUUGCCUGAGAUUUUGACACCAGAACUUGUCGGGCCUUUGCUUCGAGACGAACAAAUUCGAGGACGCUUGUUGGAGUAUCUGCCGGAAGAACAUCGCGAGACGCAAGACUUGGAGGAGCUCAUUCGCACUCCACAAUUUCGCAGUCAGUUAGAAACGUUUAGUCAGGCACUGCAGAGUGGAGAGAUGGACAUGGCGCAGUUUGGGUUGAAACAAAAUGGCGUGGCGAACCUGGAGACCUUUUUAAAGGCGAUUCAAGCCGAGGUUGAUGAAUCUAGCGGUAAGAACGAAGAAGAGGACGCGAUGGAGAGUUGA